AUUAUUAUUAGAUGCAAGGAGGUCAUAGUCAUUCUUUUAUAGUGUACCUCCAUUUAUUACCUUUGUCUUUUGCAUCCAUUCCUUCUCCAUCCACUCAAUGCUGUUUGCCUUCUCUCCCUCAUAAACUUUUCCCACUUAAUUAUCACCUUCCACACUCUCCUCUCUUUAUCUCUCUCACUUUGUGUCUCUCUUUUGCAGUUAGGGUUUCCUCUUUAAGGCUGCUCUUCCUGUCAAAAAUCUGCAACUUAUAUCUUUCAUUGGCUAAGCCUCUUUUGUCUUCUCAGGGUAAAACAGCAGCUUCUAAAGCCCCUCUCCCACAAGGGAAAAAAAAAAGAAAAGGUACUUCCCUUUUACUUCUUCUCAUCAACCAAACCUACAUCACAAACAGGGAAAUUGAAAAAUGGCAUCAUCGAGCUCCUACAAUUCUCCAUGUGCUGCCUGCAAAUUCUUGAGGAGGAAAUGCCUUUCAGGGUGCAUCUUUGCACCUUACUUCCCACCAGAAGAGCCUCAGAAGUUCGCGAACGUGCACAAGAUAUUCGGAGCGAGCAAUGUGACGAAGCUUCUGAACGAGCUUCUUCCACACCAGAGGGAAGAUGCAGUGAACUCGCUUGCCUAUGAAGCUGAGGCACGUGUGAGAGACCCAGUUUAUGGGUGCGUAGGAGCCAUCUCUUUUCUGCAGAGACAAGUUCAAAGGCUCCAAAAGGAGCUUGAUUCUGCCAAUGCCGAUCUCCUUCGCUAUGCCUACAAUGACAUGCCUCCACCCUCUCUUUCGGUGCCACCACCAAUGACACCAACAACAAUUCAACAAAUGCCCCCCCAAAGGUCUUUGAUCAGUGCAAGGUUUGGAAAUGAAGCAAGUGGGUUUUAUAGGCCCUCUCCAACCAUCACUCACAACUCUUACCCUUAUUCUCUUCCAUGGACUGAUACCCCUCCUGAAGAUAUCGAUGGGGGAGGAGAAGGAGGAGGUAAUAACAACUUGUGAAAUGAAAUAAUAACGAUAUUGCAUAUCUAGGGUUUAUGCCUCUUGAUGAGGGCAUGGCCCUGCAAUAUUUAUAAUAUGUAGUCAUGGUCUCUGCCUUGUGUAGCCUCCUUUGGACUGUUCUGCACUGUUUAAUUUCUCUUAAAUUAAUUUGAAGGGGUUUUUGUUUCGA